AUUUAUUUACGAUACGGUUGUGUAUUGACUUUGUGGGUGUGGUAACUACUGGAAACCCCGUUUUAGGUGAACAGGGUUUCCAUGGUUGCUGGAAAGUGAAAAUAUCUUCAAGCGACAGUUGAAGUCGUCCAUGGACUGGUUGGUACUGAUUAGACAGCCAGCUUGAUAGUGCCAACAACAUCAGAGAGAACUUGUUAGAUCGAGAGACCGACUUGUCUUCACAUAAAAUCAACUUUUAAAAGGACAGCCAGUAUAAUGUUUUAUUCAAAUUCAUGGACUAAGUGCUUGAUAUGCCUUAUCUUUAUAGCAAGUGGAAAUGCCGAGUGUCCCAAACCUCAAGUAGAGGGAAAUGUUGUUCUAACGAAUGAUGCGCUAUUAAUGAACGAUUUUCCGGAGGGGAAGGAAGCCACUUUUGAGUGUGCCAACGGCUACUUGAAAGAGCAAGGAUCUGAAAGAAUCACCUGCACGAGUGGAAAGUGGAGCACGCUCGAAUUAACCUGCAAAAAGAAGGACUGUGGUGCCCCCAGGGAGAAACCACAUUUGAAAUAUGAGUUUGGUGAGGAAGGCACGCUUUUUGGUGCAUCAGCAAGAGCAAUCUGUGAUAAAGGUUAUCAGCUUACGGGCCCAAGUUACAGGCAGUGUUAUGCCACAGGUUGGAGUGGAAGACCAAGAUGUGAUGUGGUAACUUGUAAUAAACCUCCUGAGAUAAUGAAUGGCACGAUCACAGAGAAGCCUGGCGAAGAGUUCCCAGAGUAUGGUGGUGUCAUACACUACUCCUGUAAUGAAGGUUACACCCUCAUUGGAAACAAAUCAAUCGAGUGCAAUGAAGAUGGUGAAUACAACUCAUUACCUCCUGAAUGUAAAGAUGUCAAUGACAUUCCUUUGAAACCAACAGCAACUAUUUCAAUAACAACAACAACAUCAUCGACUGUUCAACCCACAAUACGAGAUGUCAAUGACAUUCCUUUGAAACCAACAGCAAUUAUUUCAAUAACAACAACAACAUCAUCGACUGUUCCACCCACAAUACGAGAUGUCAAUGACAUUCCUUUGAAACCAACAGCAAUUAUUUCAACAACAACAUCAUCGACUGUUCCACCCACAAUACGAGAUGUCAAUGACAUUCCUUUGAAACCAACAGCAAUUAUUUCAACAACAACAUCAUCGACUGUUCCACCCACAAUACGAGUUUCAGGGAGGAAUUAUGGCAUUGGGGAACAUGACACCAAUGCAGCUACUGAGAAUGCAGCAGUUGUGGGAAUUGUGAUCAGCACUGUCAUAGUUGCACUUAUUGUGCUGUUCAUACUGUAUCGUUCUUAUAAGAGGAAAGGCUCGUACCAGAUGGGAGAAGACCCAAGUCGAACAAAGGAAUUAUUACAAUUUCUAAAUAACUAAAGUUGAAUGCCUACCCAAGGGCUCGGACUGCACCUAUCUGCUAGUCUGCAUCUGUAGCCUUGAAAAGAAGUGCCAGCAGGUUGUUCCUCUGAUCAUUCCCUGGUUGGACAAAGCCAUUUCAUUUACAGUGCCCUUAUGAAUGUGGCAUUACUGAAUGGAAGUUAUAAUUGCACUUUUUAUUAAGUUUUAUUUGAAAGUCAGUUCAGCAGAAAUGUUUUAACCCAAUGUUCGAAAACCAGUAUUUAAAUCUUGCUCUUGUUGUGUGGGCAGAAGCCCCUGUAAUAAGAUUAGUGCACUAAACAAAAUGUAUGAUUGAGGAAAUCCCCAGGCUGAUAGUUACUGACAAUUUCUAAAUGUGUGCUUACUGAUCGUGGCUCACAGGAAAAUAACAGUAAGGGACAGUUUCCUGGACCCAGGUUAAGCCUACAGCGCUGUAUUCCUUUUCAAGUAGGCUUAAUCUGGGUCCAGGAAACCAGCUCUUCAUGUUCAUUUCCUGCAGCCCCAAAUGUCACAAAAUAAUGUCAAUCUUAUUUACUUAGAGGUUUUGUACUUUGAUUUUAUAGUGUGUAUUGUGUGAUUUAAGAGAUCAAAUAAUUUUUUAUGAUAACUGCCUUUUCUCCUUCUUUGAGACACAUUUGUGUAAAUAUGAAAGUAUGUACAUUGUCUAAUAAUCAUGGUUGGGUAGGUUAAUUUGUAAAUGUAAUCUUCUACAGUUACUAUACUAUAUCCCAGAAAUGUUCCUUAUGCACAAAAAAGCUUAUUUCUCUCAAAUGCUGUGCAUAAAUUAGUUUACAUCUAGGGUUGCCAACUUUUUCACUACCAAAUAAGGGACAAAAGGUCGCGUGCCAGUGCACGAUGCCAUGGCGGUAUGGGUAUACGGUGUAUAUUCAUAUUCAAUUUGUCACGUCCUGACCAGUUAAGGGUUAUGUGUUGUUGUAGUUUGGUCAGGAUGUGGCAGAGGGUAUUUGGUUUAUAUGGUUCGGGGUGGUGGUGUAGGUAGUAGGUUGUUUUAUUUAUGUAUUCCGGGGGUUUUGGGCACUGCUCUGUGUUUAUGUAUUUCUAGGUUUAGUUAGUUAGUUGUGGGUAUAGGUUCUAGGUUUGUUUUCUAUGUAGAGUUAAUUGGGAUUGGACUCCCAAUUGAAGGCAGGUGUGUUGCGUUGCCUUUGAUUGGGAGUCCUAUAUUAGUAGGGUGUGUUUGUGGGUAAUUGUUUGUGAGCACUGCGUUUAUUGAGCCUGCUACACUGUCUAGUCAUGAGUACUGUUUAUGGUUUUGUUUUUCCUGUGGAUGCUUUUGAGUUUUUUCAUUAAAAGAAUGAGUAUCCACAUA